GCGGGUUUUUGUGCACGCUAGUGCGAGAACGUUUUAAUUGGUCAGUUGCGCGCGGCCCCCCGCAGGAAGUGUUUGUGAGUAGGAGCAACAGCGUCACAAAGGUAAUUAUGACAAAUAUUUUCAUACAAUUUUGGGGCAAGAAUGUCACAAGUGAACACUUCUGACUUUGUGGUUCUAUUUUCUAUUACAAGCAGCAAGUAAUACUAUCAUUUUGUACAAUUAUGUCAAUAUUGUCCCAGAAAAUGUACUAAAUAUAACCUAGAAAUCGUUCAGAUUUAAUUUUAUUCCAUUUUAAUUAUAAAUUAAGGAAUAUUUAUGUACAGUACUUACAAAAUGUAACCUACGUUUUAUUCUUAUUCUUAGCUAAAAUAAAAUUAUGGAAGGACGAGGUAAAAAAUUAGUGCAGUUGGUUCUAUUAGACAAAGAAAGCCAUGACGAAUGUGAAGUCAGGGAUAUAGAGCCAACUUUAUCGAUAGCACCGAGAUCUCCUUCCAUUUUAAAAUCUCAUGAUGGUGAUUUAAUAAAACAUUCCAUUACGAAUGCUGUUGAAUCUUCAAACAUCCGUGAUGAUAAAACUCAGCCUAUUAGAGUUUCCGACGAUGGAAACUCAUCUGGACAUGCCUUUUCUGGAACCGAAGAAGAGCAAUAUGUACCUAAACCAUCAUCUAGCUCAAAUAUUAGUAUAAAUGCUGUUGAAUCUUCAAGCAUCCAUAAUGAUCAAACUCUGGUAUGGUAUAUUGUUUCAUUCAAAAUGAUAUUUUUUGGGUCUAUUUUAAUAUUUUUACGCAGUUUACUUUUAAUUUCCUAAAACUUAUUUUAGCCCAUAAGAGUUUCCUACAGUGAAAACUCAUCUGAACAAGACUUUUCUGGAACUGAUGAUGAUGAGCAAUAUGUGCCUAAUCCGUCAACUAACUCGCAUAGUAGUAGUAGCUCUAGCAGCAGCUCUAGCAACAGCUCAGAAAGUUCUUCGUCAUCGGAAUCUGACCAUGAAACGCUUACCACUGGAAAUAUCAACCAAGAGUCCGGACCAUCGACCAUUAAA